GGCUGCCCGGCGCGGGGCGGGCUUGAGGGUGACAUCUCGGCGUUUAAAGGGCCCGGGUCAGCUGAUCGGCUCAUGUCUAGUUUCGCGGACAGGGUCGCGGCCGCCUGAGGAAGCGAUGACCGGCGAGCGGCUGGGCUCAGCGCUCCUGGCCAGACCCUGGGCACCGCGGACGCUGGGUUUGCGGAGAGGCGGUAGGGCGCAGGUGUUUACGGCUCUCUUCCAGCUGCUGUUGACUCUGGCCGGGCUCGAAGCUGGGGCUAAGAAUGACUUCAGCCUGGUGCAGCCGCUGGUGACCAUGGAGCAGCUGCUGUGGGUGAGCGGGAAACAGAUUGGCGAAGUGGACACCUUCCGCAUCCCGCUCAUCACGGCCACCCCUCAGGGCACUCUCCUAGCCUUCGCUGAGGCCAGAAAAAUGUCGGCAUCCGACGCUGGGGCCAAGUUCAUCGCACUGCGGAGGUCCACCGACCAGGGCAGCACGUGGUCCUCUACAGCAUUUAUUGUAGAUGACGGGGAAACCCCCGACGGGCUCAACCUGGGCGCCGUGGUGAGCGACGUGGAGACAGGAGUGGUGUUCCUUUUCUACAGCCUCUGUGCUCACAGGGCCGGCUGCCAGGUGGCCUCCACCAUGCUGAUAUGGAGCAAGGAUGAUGGCAUUUCCUGGAGCUUGCCCCGGAACCUCUCGCUGGAUAUUGGCACGGAGAUGUUUGCCCCCGGCCCAGGCUCCGGCAUCCAGAAACAGCGCGAGCCACACAAGGGCCGGCUCAUCGUGUGUGGCCACGGGACACUGGAGCGAGAUGGCGUCUUCUGUCUCCUGAGCGAUGACCACGGCGCCUCCUGGCGCUAUGGCGGGAGGAUCACCGGCAUCCCCUACGGCCAGCCCAAGCGGGAGAACGAUUUCAACCCCGAUGAGUGCCAGCCCUAUGAGCUCCUGGACGGGUCCGUGGCCAUCAACGCGCGAAACCAGAACAACUACCACUGCCGCUGCCGCAUCGUCCUGCACAGCUACGACGGCUGUGAUACGCUGAGGCCCCGGGACGUGACCUUCGACCCCGAGCUCGUGGACCCCGUAGUCGCGGCAGGAGCCCUUGCCACCAGCUCCGGCAUCAUCUUCUUCUCCAACCCAGCCCACCCCGAGUUCCGAGUGAACCUGACCCUCCGCUGGAGCUUCAGCAACGGCACCUCAUGGCAAAAAGAGACAGUGCAGCUGUGGCCAGGGCCCAGUGGCUACUCAUCGCUGACAGCCCUGGAGGACAGCGUGGAUGGCGAGAAGCAGGCGUCCCAGCUCUACGUCCUGUAUGAGAAAGGCCAGAACCACUACACAGAGAGCAUCUCUCUGGUCAAAGUCAGCAUUUACGGGGUGCUCUGAGCUGCGGCCCCGCCCCAGAGGAGAAGGCCUGGACUCUGCCUUCAGGCGCACGGUUCUUAGAAGGCCAGCUGGAGGUGCCCAGUGACAGUCCCACGUUCCUGUGGGCCCUAGCCUUUUGCAAAACCAACUUCUUUUUGGUAGGACAAUCCCUCUGUUAGCACUGAAGCCACUUCCUGUCCCACACAGGAAGUCCUGCUCUCACCCGGAAGUGCUUCCUCUGCUCGUUGCCGGGUGUGACCCUGGCCCCUCUCGGCCCUUCCAGGACAGUGAUUUCAUACUUUUUUGGGCUGAGCCAGGUGGGCCUGUGGAAUCGAAUAAAUGUGAACUCAGGGACCUGAGGAAGGCGGAGCCUCCUCUCUAGGGUUGGGGUGAGAAUCUGGCUUUGAAGAGGGUUGGUGGAGGUCUCCAGGGGGCAGGAUACUUGGUUUCAGGGUAAGAAACUAGGUGCACCCUCCUCCCCAUCACUAUUUAUGAAUCAAACUGAUGGAACUCAGCGUUUUUAAUGAAAAUGAACAUGUGCAGAGUCUCCGUGUUUCUGUGCAUUUGUGAGACCGGGAGUGAGCUCUGGGGGAGGCGCUGAGUGCUGUGGCCUGUGAGACCUGGGUGUGGCAGCUCAGCCCCUUCCCUCGGGCAUUUCUGCCUCCCACAGAAAAACAGGCUGAUCUUUGGGGGUAAUGAGGAGAGAGCUCGGCCUGAUACCUGAAUGCAACACUGCUGUGCUUUGUAUCUCUUUCUUCUUUUUAAUUACUUUAAAGACAGAGUUGCUAUCCACUGGCCCGCUACCCAAAUGCCUGCAGUGGCCAGGGCCGGGCUGGGGCCAAACCCAGAAGCCUGGAACUCAGUCCAGGUCUCCCCCAUCACCACUGCUUCCCACAGUCUGCAUUAGCAGAGAGCUGGAGUCAGGAGCCAGAGGCAGGCUUCCAACUCACUCCAGUAUGGGGAGCAGAUUUCUCAACUGCUAGGCUAAAUGCCUGCCCGUGUUUUAUAUUUCUAGGAUGUGGUGGGAUAGUGUCCCUGAGACAGGGAGCAGGUGUAUAAAACGCAGAUAGGUAGCCAGUCCUAGGCCAGCCCGGCAGGGAAGCAAGUGCUUCCUGUGACAUGGUGUGAGGAAAUGGCAAUUUUGGCC